UGAGCAGGCAGGCAGGCAGGCAGAGGGGGCCAAGCCAAGAGCUUCACGCUCUCCCACACUCCCCGCUCCACUCCACUCCCCCCAUCCCGCUGCUGCGCGUGCUCCCUCCCCGUCGCCUUUCGCCGCCGCCCCUCCGCCCCUUUCCCACCCCCCUUUCCCGGCUCCAUCCUCCCGUGAUCCGCGCCCGCCCGCAGGCCGCGGGCUCUCGGCCGCCCCUCCGCUCCUCCGAGGAGGAUUGGUUCUUGGCAGAGACGAGGACAGCCAGGGGAAGAAAAGGUGGUGGCGGUGGGUUCUUGUCCGCUCCGCCUCCCAGUUGAAGUUGAAUCUCCCCGUCCGCCGACUGGAUUCGCUCGCCAUCUUUUUCCUCCGCCGGAAAAGGACCGCCCGCCCUACUCGCGCGGCGGAGCGACCUCCGCCAAUUAAUCCUCGCGCCGUGGUUGUUGUCCCGCUGAAAAGCCCCGCCCCUUCUUAAGUUCCCGGGCGGAAUCCAAGGAGACCUGACAUCCGGUCGGUCGGAAAGGUAAAGAAAACGGGGCCAUGAUCCCGCUGCUGUUCCUGGUGCUGUUCGCGGAGGGGGCGGUGGCGCUGCUGCUCAUGGUCAAGAUCGGGCCGCUGCGGGAGCUGGCGAUGCGGGGCGUGGAGCAGGUCAAGACCGGCAAGGGCCCCGCCACCGUCAAGACGCUCGCCUGCACGCUCUCCGUCAUCCUCAUGUCCAGCGUCGCCGCCAUCGUCAGGAUCCAGAACAGGGGCCACAAGAUCGGCAACGUCAGCCCCAUGGACCAGGUGCUCUGGAGGACGCACCUCCUCGAGGCAUCGCUCAUCGGAUACACACUAUUCCUCGCGUUUGUCAUCGACCGGUUGCACCACUACCUUCAGAAGCUCAUCACCCUUAGGAAAUCAGCCAACACCUCAAGGGAGGAGGUCGAGAAGCUCCAAAUGGAGAACCGGUCCUUGCGCGAGAAGGAGGAGAAGUCGACCAGCGAGAUGAAGAAGCUUCAGCAGGACAUGGCCAAGCUGAGCGAGGACAUGAAGAAGCUGAAAUCCGAGUCCGAAGAUCACCAGAGGAAAGCGUCCGAUGCAGAGGCCCAUGUCAAUGCCCUGCAGAAGCAAUCUGAAGAGCUGCUCCUCGAGUACGACCGGCUGCUGGAGGACAACCAGAUCCUGCAGUCCCAGCUUCACUACAAAGGCUGAACUGGUUGACCCGCGGCAUGUAGCUAUCUCGAACUCGAAGCGCUCAUCGCCAAGGCUCUUGAUGUGGUCCUUGGCUUUCAUUCCCCUCUCUAACUUAUGGUGAUAUGGAUGGAUGUACUCUGUGCUCUGUAGUUUGUUUUGAGGCACUGAAAAGUCAGGGAUGGUGAGAUGGAUAUGGGAGAAAGAUCGGGUUUCAGAAUGCACUUUGUAGUACUGAUUAGACCAUGUGUUGAAAUGCAGUAAUUUAUCUCC